AAAACGCGAUAAAAGCAGGGAAAUUCAGUUCACCGACUAAGCAAGUCUCCGUUGAAAAUCCGAUGCAAUCCACUAACGGAGACGGCGGUGAAGGAGGAAGUGGAGAGGGGAAUCGAGGUGGGUUAUCUAGGAUCCGUUCAGCUCCCGCGACUUGGAUUGAAACCCUACUCGUGGAUGAUGAAGAAGGCGAUUUGAAACCUAACCUCUGUUUGACUGAGCUUCUUACCGGAAGCUCGGCUCGUGACUCAUUUGAGUUCCCGAGCUCCGUUGAGCAGGGAUUGUACAAUCACCAAGGUGGUGGCUUUCACCGUCAAAAUAGCACUCCGGCGGAUUUUCUCAGUGGCUCUGGAGCUGGGACUGAUGGGUAUUUCUCAAAUUUUGGGAUUCCGGCGAAUUACGACUACUUGCCGCCGAACGUUGACAUUUCUCCGGCGAGUAAACGGUCGAGGGAAAUUGAAGCUCAGUUCUCUUCUCAGAUGAAAGAAGAGCAAAUGAGUGGUGGUGUAUCAGGAAUGAUGGAUAUCAACAUGGAUAAGCUACUUGAGGACUCGGUUCCUUGUAGGGUUCGUGCUAAACGCGGUUGUGCAACUCAUCCUCGUAGCAUUGCUGAACGGGUGAGGAGAACGCGAAUAAGUGAUCGGAUCAGGAGGCUGCAAGAACUUGUUCCUAACAUGGAUAAGCAAACCAACACUGCAGACAUGUUAGAAGAAGCUGUGGAGUAUGUGAAAGCUCUUCAAAGCAAGAUCCAGGAGUUGACAGAGCAGCAGAGGAGGUGCAUAUGCAAACCUAAGGAAGAACAAUAAGGUUUCCUAUAGGAUUGAUAUAUAUAUAUAUCAAUAAGUAUUUUUUUUUUGAAUCUACUUGUGCUGAUGAUCGGUUCGAAAAUUUGAAACAUGAUCCUAUACGGAACUAGAAAAAAUAGAUUAUUUACUACUGUCUGUCAAAAACACAUCCGAGAACCUUCUCUCUACCAAAGUUUCUAAAUCAAAGAAUCUCGUCGGUGACCGGUGGUCUUGCCGCCGGUUACCAUCUUUUUUCUUUUGUUUUCUGUUGUGAAUAUUUUCGAUCUAUGUAUCGAACUUGCUUCGCGUAGGCGAUCUUGUUUUCGCUAGGCGAUUUUGGUGUACUAAGCUUUAAUCAAAACAGACCUGAUUUUCACUCCUAUCGUUUCUCUGUUUUGAUUUAAAACUGAAUAAAGUUUUCAAGUUUAAACUUCAUCUCUUGUAUUUCAGCUUAUCUAUUCCUGUUUGUCUCUAAAAUUUUCUUCUUCUUUAUCUGGUCAUGCUUGAUCUUCAAGUUUGAAGAAAUUAAUCUUUGCUUCAUAUGGAUUUGGCAAAGUAUUCGGAUGAUUUGAAGUUUUGAGUUUUUACAAGUGAGCUUCUGGUUUGGUAUGGUUUAAGAAAAGACAGAGUUUGUUCUAUAGACAAGUGUUCUGUCAAUAGCUGUAUCCUAAAUUCACAUCCAGUGAAGACAGUAAGAGAAUCUCAGAGACAAAGGCGAUUGAGAGAUUGAAGCAUACAAAUGGAAUCAAAGUUGGGUUUGAUCUUUGUGUUCCGGAGGAAUCGACUCGUCCGAGUUCAAGUCGGUGACUUUGCCGAAGAAGAUGCAAUCCUUCCCCUUGAGCGACACGUGGAGCCAGUUAAGAGAUGAUGGAGGCACGUGGAUGGACAAUUGCCUUACUCUUGUUCAUCUUUAUCAUAUAAUUUAGGGUUUAAUUGGGCUCAGUAUUUGUAAUGGGUUUGAAUUCCAUUUGUAACAAAAAUUGCCCUUUGGGCUUUUAAUAUAAA